AAAUUCAUUUGAAAUCAUUUUCAAUGAUUGGAGAAGAUUCCUAACAAGCAUUCAAAUAACAGAAAAUCAAAGUUUCCCUCCUUAUUUCUCUAUCUAUACUCUGCAACUCUCGUGAUUCUCAUUUAUUUCCUUUCCCCAUCUGUUCACCACUCUCUGUUCCCACCAUUAUCAAUGUCAACCCAAUCUUGGUCCCUCCAGCCACCAAACCUCCUUCCUUUUUAAAUUCCCUCUCCUAUCUCAAACCUCAGAACCCAUUCAAUGGAAGACGGCCAUGGACACUCGCGGAGGAGAAGGGGAGAUGGUUGCAUAGUCGUCCAGUGUUACACGCCUAGGAGGGUCGUGUCUCGGUUGCUUUCUGGCCUCAGAAGUUCCAAGGGGAAGAGACAGGCAGGGGAGGUACAAGAUGAAGCAGAUAAGGGAGGGAACCAUUUGGCACGGUGUUCAACGAAACGCAUCAACGAUAGUGGGCUGUUGGAUAGAAAGCCAGAAACCAAUAGAUUUGAACCACAAAGCAGAGAAGCACCUUUGGAAAUGGGGAUAGGCUCAUUCUUGCUGUAUCUUGUAGUUGCAAGUAAAACUGAGCUAGACAAAAUGGCAAACCUGAGAAGGCAAAUGGAGAUGCUUCUUCUAAACGCAAAAGAAGAGUUGCAGAAGAAUGAUGCAUAUGCAAAAGAGGCAGCAAGGGGUGGUAACCAGUUUUCUCCUCAAGUCAUUUCGAAUUUGGCAUCAUCGAUUUUCGAAGGGUCAUCAACAAGUGUUCUUCAAGAGGAGAACUCUGAAUGCGAGGUCUCAAAACCAGAGGAUAGACAUACAAAGGAUCAGAUUCAAAGGCAACACAAACUUAAAGACAAGGAGAAUCAUGUACCAGAGAUGGUGACAGAUGAAAGAUAUGGAGUAUGUCCUUACGAACUUGAGAAGAAGCUGCAUGAACUACUAGAGACAAGGCAGCAAGAAGAGUUACUGAAGCUUGAAACUGCUCUGAGUCGCGUUGAGCGCAGACUAGAGGAGAAAGAAACCGAGGUUUCAUGGUGGAAAGACGCAGCCCGCUUGCUUGCUCAGCGUGUUCCUGAAUCUUCUCGAGCUGGACUAGAAUGGUGCAACAACCCGGAAUCUGCUUCCGUAACAUGUUCUGAAGACUUUGGUCCAGUUUCACCUAGAUGAUCUUGUAUAAGAGAAAAUUUCUAUAGCUAUGCUGUCACAAGAGCUUGUAUGAUGAGAGUUCUUUAGUGUUUGUGUGAAGUUUGCUUUUGAGUUACACACUAGCUGUCCCUGUCUCGUACAUGGCGUAGAUAUCACUGAAAUAACUAUCUAAUUAGUAUAAUUGCAAUGUUAUCUGUAUCAGAUCAAGCUCCUCUAAAAUUCUACACAAAGGCCUUUUCAGAA